AUGGUCUUGCAUCACCACGUCGAUCCAGACGCUUUGGAAAUCCAAUUGAUCUCCAAACAUAAAAAUAUUAACAGUAAAUUGAUAUCAAAAAUUCAAGCAAACAAUAUCAGUUACUUGGAUAGCAAUUAUGAGAACACCAUUCCGAAAUAUACCAUUCCCUCCAAUGGUGUUGGUUCCGAUUCUGCAUAUCAGUUGAUACAUGAUGAAUUGAAUUUGGAUGGGAAUCCAACUUUGAAUUUUGCCAGCUUUGUCAAUACAUUUGUUGAUCAUAAUGUGAAGAAGUUACUAGUGGAAAACUUUACCAAGAACUUGGCUGAUAGUGAUGAAUAUCCAGCGCUUAUGGAGAUCCAUAGCAGAUGCAUCUCUAUCUUGGCCGACUUGUGGAAUGCCCCCAAAGAAACCAAGGAGGAAUUGAAGAAGAAGUACGUUUCCGUUGAUAAAAAUUCUGAGUGGGAAAUCAAAAGUAAUACCUCAGUGGGUACUGCCACAGUUGGAUCAUCAGAAGCAAUCAUAUUAGGGGGGUUGGCAAUGAAAAAGAAUUGGCAAGCCAAGAGAAGAGCAGAAGGGAAAGAUAUUUCAAAGCCAAAUAUUAUUAUGGGUGCGAAUGCUCAAGUCGCCCUAGAGAAAUUUGCGAGAUACUUUGAUGUGGAGUGCCGCUUAGUACCUGUUUCGAAAGAGAGUCAGUAUGUUUUAGACAAGACUAAAAUCAAGCAAAAUGUUGACGAGAACACUAUUGGUAUCUUUGUGAUUUUGGGAUCUACCUAUACUGGGACUUUUGAGGAUGUUGCAGGGGUGUCUAAAAUUUUGGAUGAGGUUGAAAACGAAACCGGUCUUGAUAUUCCAAUUCAUGUCGAUGGUGCAUCUGGGGCUUUCAUUGCUCCAUUUAUUUACCCAAAUUUGGAAUGGGAUUUCAGAUUACCAAGAGUUCACUCGAUUAACACAUCUGGUCAUAAAUUUGGGUUGACUGCCGCCGGUCUUGGGUUUGUGCUUUGGCGCAAGGCCAGCUAUUUGCCACAAGAGUUGAAGUUUGAACUAAGUUAUCUUGGAGGCUCAGAAGAAAGUUUCACAUUGAACUUCUCUAGGCCUGGACAUGAAAUCAUCAACCAAUUUUACAACUUUAUUGCUCUUGGUAGAGACGGCUACACAAAGGUGUUCCAAUUGCUAUUGGACAAUGCAAGAUUGUUGUCAGAUUUUUUGGAACAGACUGGGUAUUAUGAGUGUGUAUCAGUUAUUCACAGAAAGCAAGGAGUUUAUCAUUUAGGAGAAAGUGAAACAAAAUCAGAUGACGGUAGUUAUAAUGUUGGUUUGCCAGUUGUUGCCUUCAAGUUCAGCCAAAAGUUCAAGAAGAACUAUCCACACAUUCCACAAGAUGUUAUUUCUAUGAUGCUUAGAAAUAAGGGGUACAUUGUCCCAAACUAUCCAUUGCCUCCAAAUGAACAAUCGAUUGAAAUCCUCAGAAUUGUUGUUCGUUUGAACUUAUCUCAUGAGUUGUUGGACCAGCUAAUGAGUGACAUCCUUGAAAUUACUGAGAAUUUAAUUGAUGCUGCCGACUUGAUUGAAAAAACUACUUCUCAUGAGACCAAAGCUGCUAAAUCUGAUAAUGAAAAAGUCAUUCAUGAAAUGUUGCUAUCUAUUGCAAGCUCAGGGAUCAAGAACAAGGAUAUCUUUGAAAAAAGUGAAGAGGGUUUCAAGCGUCAUCGGCGCCCAAAACACGGUACAUACAGAGGAGCUUGCUAA